GACCGUACAGCAGGAGCUGCAGGCUCCUUUGCUUGCUCCCUUGCCGUCGUGCCACGCUAGUCACUGCAGAGGGCGCUGCUACUAGUGACCUGCUCCCCUCAGGCGCUCCCCCCUCAUCACUGUCUGGCCUCUACAGUCUGCUCUCAACCUGCUGCCCCUUUCCCUCUCUCCCGAGCGACAGCUCUCCUGCUAGGCUACUUGCAAACCUCAGUGCUGCACUCUCAGGCCAGUGUUCAUCAACCGGGUAUUGAGCAGCACUGCGCGGCACGGGGGUUGUUAAGCUGCCUUAUUCCAGGCUCGAUGCUGCCUGCUUCUGAGGUGAGACCUGCUCCCGAUCACCUGACUGCUCGGCGAGAUACUCGGGACCGGCUCCUCCCACCUCCGGGCAAGACUGCCAAGGACAAUGUCACCAUCUCGCUGCAAGCAAGGAUGAGGAGAUACGCCCCGACGAACCUGGAAGAGCUGCAUGCCUUGAGGAAGCGGGGGUUCCUAGAGAAGACCUCCAGUCUUCCUCUCAUUCAGAAUAAUCUUGACAGGAUGAGGACUGGCAGCUAUGGGUCGCUGAUGCAGGGGAUGGCUUCCCCGAUCGGCGCUGCCAGCUCGCUAUGUAGGGCGUCCUCCUCCAUGGAGAUAAGGUCAAAUCCGCAUGCAAAUGAGGGGAUCCAGGUAAAGAAGUACCCACGGCCUGCUCAGACUUGGAUCGAUCGCACUAUCACUCGUUCCUGCCUGCAUCUUGACGGUAUUGCUCAUACGUUUGUGAUCCUACCUUCAAGAUGGGCCACGCUGAUGGGCUCGAUCAAAGACGAACACGUCGCCACCGACGACCUCAAGAAACAAACGCAGAUGGCGAUCUUGAAGAAACGCCCAAAGGAUGCCAUGCACAUCAUGAACGCGCACCUUCGAAUCCAUCCGGACAGUCCUUGGCAACCGAUGUGCCUCAUAUGAUUGGCAAGGUGUAGUCCGUGAGGGGGCAUCGAGUCAACGCAGCGAUUUGUAUAUACUCUCGAGUAAAGGCGUUCGGUG